AUGGUACGGAUCCAUUGGUCUGGCUUUCUUGUGAGCUUCUGCUCUCUACUUUCUCUAAGUGAAGCAGAGUCUUGUUGGCGGAAUACAACAUGUUCAGGACCAACCAAGAGCGCCUUCAGCGGUGUAUGGGAUAAAAACAUCUACGCGCCGACGUCGCGAACAGUCCGACCAGCAUCAACGCUCUCCGAACUAAAAUCCAAUGCCAUCACCAAUUCUGCCAAGCCCCAGACAGCCACUCUGCACGGGAAUGGAUCGCUCGUGGUCUUUGACUUUGGCAAGGAAGUAGGUGGUAUUGUCCAUCUAGACUACACUUCCACGGGCAGUGGAGCAUUGGGUCUUGCAUUCACCGAAGCCAAAAAUUGGAUCGGAGAAUGGUCCGACUCGUCUAAUAGCCUAUGGCAUGAUGGCGCCUUAUACGCUAAUUUCUCAUCGUCGGGAGAACACACUUACGAUAUGCCCGACCGAUUCCUCCGUGGUGGCUUCCGGUACCUGACGAUUUUCCUUGUCACCAAUAGCUCUACAAAUGUGAGCUUGAAGGAUAUCACUGUGGAAUUAGACUUCCAGCCUACAUGGUCCAAUCUACGUGCCUACCAGGGAUACUUCCAUUGCAGUGAUGAGCUCCUGAACCGAAUCUGGUACAGUGGCGCUUAUACAUUGCAAACCAACGAGGUCCCCGUGAAUACCGGGCGUAUCACCAGCGGACUCAAGUCUGGCUGGCUGAACAAUGGAACCCUCGGACCUGGUGAUACUAUCAUCGUUGACGGUGCUAAGCGAGACCGGGCCGUUUGGCCUGGUGAUAUGGGCAUUGCGGUGCCAUCGGCAUUUGUCAGUUUAGGAGAUUUGGAUAGUGUGAAGAACGCUUUGCAGAUUAUGUACAACACUCAGGCUUCCACGGGCGCCUUUGCUGAAUCUGGGCCUCCACUCAGUCAGAAGGGUUCGGAUACCUACCACAUGUGGUCCAUGAUUGGUACUUACAACUACGUUCUGUACACAAAUGAUACGGCUUUCCUGGAACAGAACUGGAAUGGCUACCUUGCCGCUAUGAAUUACAUCUAUGGGAAAGUGACAUAUUCCAGUGGUCUUUUGGAUGUCACUGGCAUCCGUGACUGGGCCCGGUGGCAGCAGGGAUACAACAACACAGAGGCUCAAAUGAUCCUCUACCGCACACUGCAGACCGGAGCAUCUCUAGCCACAUGGGUUGGUGACACCACCAAUCUCUCCAGCACCUGGACCUCACGAGCCGAGUCCCUCAGAACCGCCAUCAACACCUACUGCUGGGAUGAAUCCUACGGCGCUUUCAAAGACAACGCCACCGACACCACCCUCCACCCCCAAGAUGCCAACAGCAUGGCCAUCCUGUUUGGCGUUGUCGACUCAGACCGCGCAGCCGGAAUUUCGGACAAACUUCUCAAAAACUGGACACCCAUUGGCGCCGUCGCACCCGAGCUACCUGAGAACGUCGUCUCAUUCAUCUCCUCCUUUGAAAUCCAAAGCCACUUCGAGGUCCACAAGCCCGCCCGCGCACUGGAUCUCAUCCGUCGCAGCUGGGGAUGGUACAUUAACAACCCCAAUGGUACUGAGAGUACCGUCAUCGAAGGAUAUCUUGCAAAUGGAACUUUCGGAUACAGAGGAAGUCGUGGGUACAACUACGAUACAUCCUAUGUCUCGCACGCCCAUGGUUGGUCUUCCGGACCAACUUCCGCAUUGACCAAUUACAUUGUUGGUCUUUCGGUGACUUCGCGCUUGGGUCAGACAUGGAGUAUUGCGCCGCAGUUUGCGGAUUUAGAGCAUGCUGAGGCUGGGUUUGUUACCUCGCUUGGUAAGUUCCAGGCUUCUUGGGUGAAGAAGGAGGAUAGGUAUACUUUGAAGUUUUCAGUUCCGAAGGGUACGAAGGGUACUUUGACGUUGCCGUAUGUCACUGCGGCAAAGAAGCCGUCUAUUACUAUUAAUGGAGAUCGGGUGACGAAGGGGUUGACUUAUGCUGAUGAUACGGCUACUUUUGGGGUGGUUGGCGGUGGUUCUUUCCAGGUUGUUGUUCGUUGA